UCCCUCCUAGGUCCUCUCCCAUAACCUGUGCACGGUGCUGAAGGUUCCCCACGAUCCGGUGGCCCUGGAAGAGCACUUCCGGGAUGAUGAUGAAGGGCCUGUCUCCAAUCAGGGCUACAUGCCCUAUUUAAACAAGUUCAUUCUGGAAAAGGUCCAAGACAACUUUGACAAGCUUGAAUUAAAUAGAAUGUGUUGGACCCUCUGUGUCAAAAAAAACCUCACGAAGAGUCCCCUGCUCAUUGAGGAAGAAGAUUCAUUUAAAGUGUGGGUUAUUUUCAACUUUUUAUCUGAGGACAAGUAUCCAUUAAUUAUUGUGCCAGAAGAGAUUGAAUACCUGCUUAAGAAACUGACAGACGCGAUGGGAGGAGUUUGGCAGCAAGAGCAAUUUGAAGAUUAUAAAGUCAACUUCGACGACGGGAAGGACGGCCUCUCGGUGUGGGAGCUGAUUGAGCUCGUUGGAACCGGGCAGUUCAGCAAAGGCAUGGACCGGCAGACGGUGUCCAUGGCCAUCAGUGAGGUCUUCAAUGAGCUGAUACUAGAUGUGUUGAAACAGGGUUACAUGAUGAAAAAAGGCCAUAAACGGAAAAACUGGACUGAACGCUGGUUUGUACUAAAACCCAACAUGAUUUCUUAUUAUGUGAGUGAGGAUCUGAAAGAUAAGAAAGGAGACAUUGUCUUGGAUGAAAACUGCUGUGUGGAGUCUUUGCCUGACAAAGAUGGAAAGAAAUGCCUCUUUCUCAUAAAGUGUCUUGAUAAGACCUUUGAGAUCAGUGCUUCAGAUAAGAAGAAGAAGCAGGAGUGGAUUCAAGCCAUUCACUCUACCAUCCACCUGCUGAAGUUGGGCAGCCCCCCGCCGCACAAAGAAGCCCGCCAGAGUCGGAGGGAACGCCGGAAGAAGCUGCUGGCUGAGCAGGAGGAGCUGGAGCGGCAGAUGAAGGAGCUCCAGGCUGCCAACGAGAACAAGCAGCGGGAGCUGGAGACCGUGCGGAAGAAACUGGAAGAAGCAGCAUCUCGGGCAGCGGAAGAAGAAAAGAAACGCCUCGAGACGCAAGUGGAACUACAGGCCAGGUUCAGCUCGGAGCUGGAGCGAGAGAAGCUUAUCCGACAGCAGAUGGAAGAACAGGUUGCCCAAAAGUCCUGUGAACUGGAACAGUAUUUGCAGCGAGUGCGGGAGCUGGAAGACAUGUACGUAAAGCUGCAGGAGGCCCUUGAGGAUGAGCGGCAGGCCCGGCAAGAUGAAGAGACUGUGCGGAAGCUUCAGGCCAGGUUGCUGGAGGAAGAGUCUUCCAAGAGGGCGGAGCUGGAGAGGUGGCACCUGGAGCAGCAGCAGGCCAUCGAGACAACCGAGGCGGAGAAGCAGGAGCUGGAGAACCAGCGCAUCAUGAAGGAGCGGGCCCUUCAGGAAGCCAUGGCGCAGCUGGAGCAGCUGGAGCUGGAGCGGAAGCAGGCGCUUGAGCAGUACGAGGGCGUUAAGAAGAAGCUGGAGAUGGCAACUAGUAAGACCAAGAGCUGGAAGGACAAAGUGGCCCAGCACGAAGGGCUCAUCCGCCUGAUAGAACCAGGUUCCAAAAACCCUCACCUGAUCACUCACUGGGGCCCUGCCGCGUUCACCCAGGCGGAGCUGGAGGAGCGGCAGAAGAGCUGGAAAGGGAAGAAGGGCACCGAGUGACCGCGGCAGCGUCCCGGCCGCCGCUGGGCUCCGCGUGCAGCUGGAGGGCUUGAUGCGAAAGACAAAAGGAACUGGCUUUGCUGCUUCUAACCCUUCUUCCGUCAACCUCCCGUUCGGUCCAGAUACUGCGGAAGCCUUGGUCCUCUUCCUGCAGAUAAGGGCUUAUCUGGAAAGGAGAAAAGUCAACACUUUCAGGCUCUUUCUUUGAAAACUGCCGCUUCUGGAAAUUCCUUUGUAGCUCUCAUUCUUGUCAGCGUCACCGUCGUCCUGUUGGGGGGAGGGGGGGUGCGGGUUGGUGCUCUGGGUCCCUGGAUGCUUGGACCUCCGUGGACUCGGGUCCUCAUCUCCUUCUGCAGCACAUGUCCUCCUCCCAGUACCUAGAUUGGCCAGUUGCCGGCACUUCACACGGGAUGCCCUUGACUGUGCUGCUCAGAGACGGAAGCUGGCAGCUGCCCAUGGACCGUGCCUCGACUGAGCGGCCACAGUCCGCGGGUGUGGCUGUGCAGGUUUCUGUUUAAAGCACGGUGUCACUGACUGACAUCUGGCUUCGGGGCCGUACACAUCCUUUUAAACAGUGCUUUGGCUCAGACAGAUACAGUAAGUCCUCACUUAACAUUAUCGACUGGUUCUCCGACCCUAAGCGAAGAGACGUCCACAGCAAAACCAGUUUUCCCGCAGGCUAAUUCAUAAAGACCAGCGUGAAGUUUUCGUGGUAUCUCCUCAACAUCGUAACAGAUCAGUGUUGCACAAAACGAUGUUAUUCAAGGACCUGCUGUACUUAUGAAUCAAGGCCCAUAGAUGGACUAAGUGGAUCCCGUGUGGAAUGAUAUUUUGAGAGUAACUGGAUUCCUCCUAAGAUUUAAAAAUGGUUUCAGUUGUCAACGUGCUGACGGACCCCUUGCUUCACAUGUAGUUACUGUACAGAACGUUUCAGGAGUGUGGGAAUGCUUGUCCUAACCGGCCUUUUACUUAAUAAACGGGAGGAUGAUCAUUUAUAGGAAUUACCUAUGAAAACAUUUUAAAAGUGUAUUUUUGUCAUGUGCCGUCUUGAGGGAACAAAAUAUUUAUAAAUUUUCAAACAUUCUUACCUAAUUGUACAAUGUAAUAUGCUGAACAAUCUUAAUUUUUUUUGCUAAUUUUCUAAGAUAUAGUAAACAUAUUUUAUAUGAUUUUUAAAAAAUGGACUUAGAAAGAAAAUAAAAAAACAAACAAACCCAGAACAACAUACAUGUAAAACUGUUCGAUUUAAUAAAAUAGUCC